UUUUAUGACAGAUUAGAACAAAUAAUUAUGCAGGAAGUCCUACAAGCAAACAGUUUACAUUGGAAAAAACAUAGAUUUCUCAGUACUUCUUUUUUUUUCUUUUUUUACAAGCAGACAGGAAACGACUCCUCGGUGUGGUCAUAGAGGUUUAGUUAAUGUUCAGCUUCUUAAAGCGUUAGUACAUAGCGGUGCACUCCACACACCAGAAACUUUGACUCUAGAUGUAACACACACCAGUAGAAGCAUCGGGAUACGAAAGAUGGAAAGAAAAGGUGCAGUGGAGACAAUCACUGAUGUCAACAGAGAUGCUAGAUACCGUCAUAAUGUCAGGACAGAAUCAGAGAACACCGACACCAAGAGACACCAAACACCUCAACACACAGGAAGUGGCUGUGUGAAGGUCAGAAGCUUCAGAGCAGCUGUAGUGUGUUUGGUUCUGCUGUGUGUUCUUCUGCUGACUGCAGUCAUAGUGCUGGGCGUCAAUCUCCAUGAUAUGAUUGAGGAGUUUUACAUCAAGAACAAAAACAUCACAGAUGAAAUAGACGAGUUAAAGAAAAGAAAAUCCAACUUGGCCAGUGAUGUUACAGAAUUAUCAGUUAAGAAUACAAAUCUAUGUAAACAAAAUGAAACAUUACAUAAGGAGAUGAAAGAAUUGUGGCUGAAGAUAAGCAAAAUGGAUGGAUGGAAGUGCUAUCAAUCCAGUCUCUACUAUGUUUCCUCAGAUGUUUCCCCAGUGAUGAAAAACUGGAAUGAGAGCAGAAGAGACUGUAAAGAGAGAGGAUCAGAUCUGAUCAUCAUAAACAACAAAGAGGAACAAGACUUUGUGAAAACGAUUUCUGGUGGUUCUGAAUUCUGGAUCGGUCUGAUUGAGGUGGACAGCACAUGGAAAUGGGUUGAUGACAGCUUACCGAUCACUGAGUUAUGGGCUUCUGGAAAACCUAGUGAUAGCUCUGGUAAUAAGGAUUGUGCUGUAAAUCUGUCAUCAGGGUUUGCUGAAUAUUCAUGUGAUCAAAAACGUAAAUGGAUCUGUGAGAAGAACAUUUGAAAGAAAUAAUUACACUGUUAAUAAAGGGUUGUAAAAACAUGAUGGGUCUCAUUUCAGUUAUUCUUCAUAACUACAUGUUCUCAUGUAAUAAAACAUCUUUAUCACUGAAACUCUGAGUAAGCUUUUUUAUUAUUCUAUUGCAUUUUGUUACUGAUACAACAUCUAGCAAAGUCACACUUAAAGCUAAAAAGUUUCAAGAUUAACACCAACUCAGCGGAUAAGUUUGGGGUUGAUAAUUGGUGAUAAGUUUGUGGUUGAUA